AUUUUCACUGUAACCAUAGUGUGUGCGGCAAAUUGGUAAUGUUUGUAAACACAAACGAGAAAAGCUUUAUAGAUAUAGUUUCGAUUUAAUAUAUCUGUAGAAAAUUGUGGAAUAUUGGGAAUUUAAACAAAUUUCCUGUACAAUGAAUUUGUAAAAAUUUCUCUCUAAGAAUGAAUUCGUCAACCAUGAAUGAAUAUGAAGGAGUUGUAGUAAUUUCAUGUGAUCCUCAAAACGAGCCUGCACAAAAUAUAAUUUUUCGCAUCCUUGGAAAGGAAGCUGAACCAUCUGCAACGAACUUUUCAAAUAUUAAAGGAUAUCUUUGGAAUGUAGAAACUAAAUAUUAUACUGCUGAGGUGUUUUUGUAUGCAAUUGAGCAGCAGGAGAAACUUGAACCCAAAUUUUGUGAAUCUGUUAAAGCAAUAAUAUUUUAUAUCGAUAGUACAGAGACUACCAGUUUUAAUGAUGUUAAAAACUGGAUGCCAUAUUUGCAGGAGAUGGAAGCUAAUGUUCAGUUGUUAAUUUGCAAUAAUUCACACGAAGAAUCAAAAGGACGAAAAAGUGUUCUCAAUUGGUGUGUCCAAAAUCAAUUUGAACUUGUGGAAUUGAAUUCAUCAGCAGAUGAGGAAGAUGAUUUCACUGCUGACGAUGCAAAAGGUUUUGACAGAGUCAUACAAUCUUUGCAAUCACAUCUUUGGGCCAAUUUAAAUAUGAAAGAUGAGAAGUUGCAGAUAAAAAGCACUGACAAUGGAGACUCAAAAGAUACAUCUGAUGAGAAGUUGCAGAUAAAAGGCACUGACAAUGGAGAUUCAAAAGAGAUAUCUGGUCCUCAAGAAAAGGAUUCUUCUGACAUAGGAGAUGCUAGUACUGCUUCUAAUGUAGUCGAUUCAACAGUGAAAAAAGAAUCUAAAAAAUCAUCAACAAAAGUAAAAGUUGAAAAUGAUGAUCUUGAUCUGGAUGAGCAGCUGUUGUCUGAUGUUUUAAGUGGAGAAGAUCCUGGUGGAGAAUCUUUUGAAGCUCUCUUUGAUAAAUUUGCUAGCAUGAAAGAUAGAGCUGCUGGUCUUAAUGGAGAAGACAGAAAGAAAUAUGCAGAAAAGGUGGCAAUAGCAUUUUGGCGUGCAAUGGGUGGUGAUGAAGAUGAAAUUGAAGGCCUUGACGAUGAUUAAAAGAUUUUUUAAAAUUAUUAUUUGUACAUUUGUUUAUUUAUUUUAUACAAAUAAAGUUUUUGUAUUAUUACCUCUGA